AUGAUCUCCGACGACGACCUCUACCGCCUCGCCAUCUUCCUUGGCUCCUGCGCCAUGAUGAUGAUCGUUUUAUACCACUUCCUCGACGUCAAUGCCAUCGAGGAGGAGACCGCCGACACAGUAAGCCAGAAGGCUGAGGACUCUGCGCCACUCGCGUCCACAGACACCGCAGCCGCGUCAGGGAGAAAUUGA